AAGUACUGGCGCGGCCAGCAGUCGAACUUCAAAAAAUUGCAUUUUUAAUUCUGAAAUUAUUAUAACAUUUUAGAGAUCAUAAACGACCAGACCCGUAUCUCUGCAAGAACGAGUUAUCGAGGAUGAUCUAGAGCAUAUAUUGUCAAAUUUUAUUGUUCAACGUUGGUCUCAUGGCUAUGAUAGAAAGUGUAAAAGCAAGACAAAGAGGGGCUCAGGACUUUGAAGGCUACUACAGCCAGCUAUGUGCUCUGCAGGAUUCAUGUCCACUGACCGCAGUCAAGGCCCAUCUGGACGAUGGGGUCCUGGACCUGAACGCAGAUAGGGUACGGCAGCCUGACUGGAUGCCCAUCAUCAAUGCCUUACGUAUCAACAGAAGCCUGCAGUUCGUCGCAUUCAGGAGUUACUUUCAGAGCAGUAAGCAGGACGACCAAAGGUCGCAUUUACAGACCCAGGUCCGACGAACCCCGCCGAUCAGAUCAAGAGACAUCACCCAUCGUCUGUGUAUUGCACUGAGGGAGUGCCUGGCUAACAAUGAACAGCUGCAGCACCUGGAGUUACAGGGCUUGUUGCUGAGGGAAAGGAAUGUAGUGUCACUGUGUAAGGGGCUAGCAAAGAACAGAUGCCUACAGCACCUCUCUCUGGAAUACUGCCGUAUAGGAGAUGGAGGUGUGGAAGUGUUAUGCCAAUGCAUCAAGAAUACACCAAACAUUGUGUCUCUCAACCUCACAGCAGCUGGACUCACAUGCAAAAGUGCAGAUAUGAUAGCCAAGCUAGUCAAGCAUCAAGCUACCAGGAGACAUACAGAAGCAUGGAAAGACAGCUUGAGAUACCGCCGACCUGACUUAGAUCGUAUGCCAGGGAUACGAAGAAUCACCAUUAACAAUAAUCCGCUCCUCAAUGAUAAAGGGGCUAUGGCACUGGCUGAAGCAUUGAAGGAUGACCUUUGGCUUAAAGCUCUUGACAUGCAGCAUUGUGGUAUAUCCAACGUAGGAGCCAAGGCAUUUCUUGAUACUUUGCAUCAGAAUACCAGCAUCGUUGUACUGGACCUGAGAAGAAACCCUUUACUAGACCAAGAUCUCUUGAAGGCCAUCAUAGAACAAGUCAUGAUCAAUUCAGGAGGACAAGAAAUAGAGUACAAAUGGCUGAGAGCAAGGAGUCCUAAUGGGUCAUCCUCCAAGCCGAGGAACAAACGGAAAGUGAGCCUAGUGAGGACCUCUUCCAUCCAGAUGAGAAAACCAAGCACCAGUAGGAGCAGGGUGAAAAGUACAUCUUCCAUUAAACCAGAGAGAAGAACAAGGUCCAAGUCUGAGAGCGGGAUUACCAUUCAGAGUUCUAAGAUGGACAUGGAGCCUGUUCUAACGAGACCUGGUCCAGGGUUUGUUCCCUGGAGAACAGCCGCUAGAGCAAACCAAAGAAGCAGCAAGAGCCUUCUGCAUGUUGAACCUGGAAGCCCUGCUGGAUCGUCUACACCUACUAGACCUGGAGCAUCAUCUAUCCAUGUACAUGCUGUUAGUUCCAGUGAGUUUGAUACCAGUGUCAAGGACAGCAUGGACACACCCUCUACUUAUAUGUCCUCCUCUACAGGCACUGGGGCAACAUAUGAGGCUAAUGUCAAUCGAAAGAUUAAAAAUCUUCAGGUUGAAGCUGAAGAACUGAGACGACGUCUGUACAUUGAGAGCAAAGCGAGGGCAGCGUCUGAUGAGCGUGUGAUAGAGCUGGAGGUUGAGAACAGUCGAUUGAAGCAUCAGCUCCAGCUUCAGGAGGCUAGGGGUCCUACCUCGCCCCUCAAGAAGGGAGGACCAGGGGAAGGAGAGGAGACUGCGGAGGAUGAGGCAUUACUGGAGAGCAUUGAAGAGUCCUUCCAGAAGUUCCAUGGCUUCCUUGAUCUUCUUAGAGAUGCAGGACUGGGUCAGCUGUGCACAUUGGUUGGUCUGAGCUCACAAGACAUUGGUCAUCCUGCAGUGAAAUCAAUCUUGAAGGAUCAUCAGCCUUCUGCUCAACCAGGGUCACUAGGAUCAGCUUCAUCAUCAACACAACAAGCCAAUGGCAUCUACCAGCCUGGAAACCUAAUCUAUUCCAAUCAGCCAAUGCAGCCAUCUCCGUACAAUGUCCCGUUUGGAAUGAUGGGUCCGAUGAUGCCUGGUAUGCAGUAUCCCAAUCAGGUGUCUUCCGCAGGAGCAGGGCAUAUGAACUUCCAGCAAGCCCCUGGGGCGCAACCAAUGAACCUUGGUGUCUAUUCUCAGAUGAUGAACCCAUACCAACAGCAAAUGAUGCAGGGUCAGAUGCCACCGCAUCUGCAGAUGUAUCCUCAGCCCAUACAACAACCAGUGCUUGCCAAUCAACAACCAUCUUCUACCGGACUUUCAAAUGGAGGUCCUCAUCCUGCUCCAUCCAGUACGUCUCAGUCACAACCUUCCAGAGCUGACAGUGCUGUCACAUCAAGGGUGCCAUCAGUACAAGUGACUGCAUCUAGUCAAAGGUCUGCCCAGGUUACGUCCAAAGGUAAAGACAUUCCUCCAGAAUCCAUGUCUAGUACAGAAGGGGUCUUCGUGCCUAGCAUGGUUCAGAUCUCUUCAAGAUCGCACCUGUUUGAAGAGCAGAAGGAAACAACUGUUCUGCCAAAGCAAGAAGCACAUGCAUCAGCUGAGGCUGAUGAUGUAGAAGACCAAAACAGAGAGGAUACCCAUCAUGAUUAUCUUGGAAGUGAAAAAGAAGAACUAGGCCAGGAACCAGGCCUUCAAUUGGUUAAAGACUCUUUUGAGUCGGAUAUUGGAAACAUCAGGCAAAUGACUGAACUAGAUUUUGGUGAGAGUAUUGAAUCCACUCCCAGGGUACCUGGAACCAAAUACCAAAUUGAAGACAGUCCCAGGGUAGAUAGUGCCACACCCACUAAAGGGAUUGGAUCUCCUACGGAGUCAGAUCACUCUGGAAGGGGGCCUCCAAAGGGUGCAAGCCCCACUCCUAGUUACUCUGAGGACUUUGAGGGUGGGGCUGAUGAGGAUGAAAGUGAGAUCGGAGAGGAUCUUUUCAAGGAUUCUGAAGGAAGUUUGCCAGGAUUAACCAGUGAUGAUGAAUUCUAGGCAGAAAGACUUAGAAAUAAAUGUAAGCGUGAUAGUUUUUAUAUCAUGACUUGCUCUGAUACUCUAAAUCUACAAGUGUAUAUAUAUAUAUAUGCGGCUUAUAUGCAAAAUUAUAUGAAGAAUUUGUUCAGUGCAUUUACAUGUACAUCCUACAAAUAGUAAUACAAACUAGAUAGUGUUUUUGCUCAGAAAUAUGAAAAUGAUGUUUCACAAGUUUUAAUCUUAUAAUUCAUCUUUUCUGUCACUUUCAUCUAGUUUCAGCUAUAUUCUGAACCAUGAAGGCUAAUGUUAAAUCUGGAAAUUCAUCACAACUGCCAUAUCUCUGAUUACAUUUUUACAACCCUCCUGUGUAUGAGAGACAUAACUUAAAAGAUAAUGUAACUCAACCAACAUUAGCUGAUAAACUUAUUCAAACUUGUCAGCAAGUUCAAAAAAUUGUAAAAUUACCUGUAUUUGAUUAUUUAGCAAGGAAAGCAAUAUCUCUAAAGUUUGUUGGGUAACAUUUUCCAUUACAUUUCUUCAAAUUUACUCGUGUUGCUGUACUGUGCAUACCAGUAAUAUUGUAGAACAAGAUACUUGAGAGAUUUUUGUAAAGUGUAUGCCAUUCACAAUGUAAGAGAUAGAAAAGCUGUGAAAACUACAAUGUUUUACAUGAUGUAACCUUUUUAGAUUGAAAGCAGUCAACAUCUUAACCAAUUCCAUAAUGUGUGCAGCAAAUCCCAUCCAAAUAUUCAAGUAUUGAAAAUUUUGUUUGGACUUGGAAGAUCAUAAGAUGUGUAUACUUUUCUUCCCAAGACAAAUAUAAUAAUCCAUAUCGUGAAGUAUAUAGUUUGCGCCCAUUUGAUUGUAUGAAACGAAGCUAGUUCAUGAACAUGUCCUUGAUCUUUGAGACAAGUACCUACCUGAUAUGAACAAAAUGAAGACCUUGGUACAUUGACAAAACUGGACAAAACAAACAAAUAUUUAAAAUAUUCAAAUUGUGCUUGUAUGAUUUAAUCUCACUGUCAAUGCUAGGCUUGAUCAGAUACAUUAUGACGUGUUAAACUGGCAAAAAGGCUGCCAUGUUUUUUUGUUAUGUGUAAGUGAAUGGCAACUGCGCGCAACAAAGCUCCUGCUUGUAUUCAGUGAGCUCCCUGUUACAAGAUAUACAGAAAUGCAUAGCUAUUACACUUUACGCCGUCAUAAAAAAAUGCAACAGUUUGGCCUCUUCAUAUCUGAAUGUGAUGAAUAGUUUAAACUGCCAUGACCGCUUUUCACAGCUCCCCCUAACUAAAAUUAUAAAGAUUAUGCCUUAAGAACUUAU